AUGGCAUUAGCGGUACUUCCAGCAAUCAUCGUCAGUUUUGUGAUCGUCGUGGCAUCGCUCGGUACAUUCUACAUCUACAGGGCAUACAGGCGCGUGCGCUAUGCAGUCCACGAUGUGGAGCGCAGCCGCCAUAUCGAAAUCGCCGGUCUCUCGCAACAGCGGCCCAUUGAACUUCAUGAUCUCGAAGUCCCGCAUAAACAAUAUCACAGCGGUCAGUGGUACGGCUCCCAGGGUGUAGUUCCUACACAGGUCGCGCUGGCCGCGAAACCACUGCCGCAUACUCCGGAGAUUGAGUACACAGGAGGUGACGGGCUUGUCAGACCUCCUGGGCGAGUCUUUCUAUCCACUGAGGUACAGCAACCUGAGCUUCUCUCUCCAAAGCCUGUGCGCACGGUGACCAAAAGGCCGAAGGUAGAGCCUGCGAGUACCGCAUAUGACUCAGAUCAAACGGCAGCGUCGGAAAUCUGGGACAAGAUUGAGAAGGGCGAGUUAGAACCGUCACGGCGUAAGGCGCCAAUACCCGAAGUACUCCGAGAUCCUUCAGAGUUUGAACGCGACACCAUGACAGACGUCGACAUUGAUAGUAGCACCAGAGAAUGGGCAAAACCCAAUCGCCCCACGCUGCCAUUCACACCACGCUCAAACAAACGCGAGUCGUCUGACAGCAUGGCUACUGUUGUCGACGCUAACAACGCGAAUAUCGAACGCCCCCAAUCAUACAUUAAGCGCAAACAAAGCAUUGGCACAGGAGCGAUCAAGCCGACUGAACCGCUAGAUCGAGCUGCAGAGGCGCGCCGCCAGAUGGCGGAAAGGAAGAAGCAAAUGGUGGAAAGGCAGAAGCAAGAGGAAGCUGAUCGUCUAGCAGAGGAGCAAAGGCUGGUAGACGAACAAAAGCAGCGCGCAGCUGAACAACAGAGACUAGCUGAAGAGAAGCAGCGACAGGAAGAUGAGGAAAAAGCCCGCUCGUUGGCACAAGUUUCCGAUGACGAAGAUAUUGAUCUAGACAAUAAGAGGCCCUCUGACUCUCAAAGACCGCGCACUCGCCGGAGAUCCGACUCUUCCUCCAAGUCGAAGCGUGAGCGCAAGAGUCGUGAAACGUUGCUUACACGAACUCCCAAGCGAGCGUAUACCUUCGCGAACGACGCUUCCGAUGGUAUCGACAACCCCAACACGGACGAAAAUACCAGUAGCAACAGUAAAGGAAGCUCUAGGAGCAUGAGUAUGAAUGAUCAGGCAAGGCCAGACUUCAACGCGACCAUGCCGUCAAUUGCCGAGGGAGCCCAUGUCGACCCUUUCUCUGACAACGCAGCAAGACGGUCGCACGGCUCCAUCAAGAAAUCUGUUUCGUCAAUGUACUCUCCCGAUCACAUUUCAUUAAACGAUGGCGAAGGAAACUACACCUCGAGGCCUGCCGACUACAAACGUAGGGCCGCGCCUGAAGACACACUGGAGAACCCGUUUGCCUCUGACAACGACCCCCAAGACCCCUUUGCGACAGCGCAGAGAUCAUCAGCUGCGUCAAGCAACGACAGUCGAGUGUCAUUCUCGCAAGUACAGCGAAGAUCGAACGCCUCCAGCAAUGAGAGCAGAAACAGCUCAGGUACAAAUUAUCCCAAACGCAGCGACAGUAAAGCUAGCGCAAAGAAUCGUGCUUCUGUGGAUAGCCAAAGCAGUCAGCAGUCGGCCCGCGGCCGUGAAAAACCUGAACGAAAGCCAUCUGUCGCAUCCCGUGCAUUCAGCAAGAUCAGUCGUAAGUCUUCAUCUUCGGACAAGAAGAAGGAAAGGGACUCCGCGAGCUCGACACAAUCUCGGGAAAAUGAAGGACCAGGAUUGCGGGGUGGAGGAAAGAUGUACGUGGAGGAGCUGGAAGAGCUGUCAUCGUCAGAGGAUGAGCAUGAAGACAGAACCAAGCAAGAGCAUAAGGUGAAGAACGGGGUGGAGAUGCGCGGCGGUUCAGGAGAAAAGGACGAGAGCGAGAGUGAGGUUGAGGUUGAGACGGAGCACGAAGACGAAAGCGACGCUGCCGAGCUCGGAAGUUCGGAGGACGAACAUUCGGAUGUGAGCUCGAGCGAUGAGGACGAGAUCGCGAGCGAGAAACACGACUCCUCCGAAGACGAUGAUGACGCGUCGGAGGAUGGGGGUUCGGAGUCUGAAAUCUCCGAUGCUGGCAUUUCUGACGCCAUUACUUCGGAUGACGAAUCUGAGGAGGAGGUCUCGGAUGAUGAGCAGGGCCCGGUACUGAAGAAGCCGAUUGAGGUCGUGGGCAUCCCAGCUAGGAAUGUGGGCAGGGUCAAGGCGUGA